GUAUCAUUCGAAAAAUAAACUUUGUGCAAUCAAGUCUAUGUGAAUAGUGUUUAAUAUAGCAAAAAUUCUUUCAAGUUUAUUAGUAAAAAUAAAUUUGAAAAAAAAUGCAAACAAUGUUUAAAAUUUGCAAAUUAUAUUUGCUGUUAUGUCUUGGUUUAUCAAUCAAUGGCAGUCCAAUAUUAAAUGGAUUAAAAACAACUUCAUCUGACUAUCAACAAAGCAGUUUAUCAUUACAACAUGAAUCUUCAUUUCCUUCUAACCAAGAUUUUGGAAAUGCGGAAACCAAAUUUAACUUACAAACUGAUUCAGCAAUUGAACAAAGCUUGAAAAAUAUUCCAGGUAUUACCACAACAUAUAGAGAUCAAAAUGGGAAUCUUGUAACUCAGGUAAAAAAAGAAACUUUUAAUAAAGAAAAUGGCCACAGCUCUCAUGCAUUUGAAAUUCGAGAGAGUAAACAACAUCCAAAUGGAUAUACGAAAAGUUUCAAAAAAGAAUAUUCUUCAUCUAGCGUAACAGGACCUCAAACAACUACAUUUGUUCAAAAACCAUCUAACACAGAAAAAUAUUACAAUAGUGAACAACUAUUAAAUGGAGAAUCAAGUUCAUAUGGAUCUUUUCAAAAUUAUCAAGGACAAUCAAUACCUGCUAAUAUAGGAAAUAUAGGAAUCAAAUCAAAUUUUAAAUCAACAGUAGAUCAAAGUUUGACAAAUAUACCCGGAGUUACAUCAACAUUCAGAGACCAAAAUGGAAACAUUGUUACUCAGGUAAAAAAAGAAAUUGUUACCAAUAAUGAUGGACAAAAUGGUCAUGUAACAGAAUUCGAAGAAACAAAACAACUUCCAAAUGGAUAUUCAAAAAGUUUCAGAAAAGAAUAUUCAUCAUCUAGCGUAAAAGGACCUCAACCUACUACAUUUGUUCAAAAACCAUCAAACACAGAAAAAUAUUACAAUAGUGAACAACUAUCAAAUGGAGAAUCAAGUUUAUAUGGAUCUUUCCAAAAUUAUCAAGGACAAUCAAUACCUGCUAAUACAGGAAAUAUAGGAAUCAAAUCAAAUUUUAAAUCAACAGUAGAUCAAAGUUUGACAAAUAUACCUGGAGUUACAUCAACAUUCAGAGACCAGAAUGGAAACAUUGUUACUCAGGUAAAGAAAGAAAUUGUUACCAAUAAUGAUGGACAAAAUGGUCAUAUAACAGAAUUCGAAGAAACAAAACAACUUCCAAAUGGAUAUUCAAAAAGUUUCAGAAAAGAAUAUUCAUCAUCUAGUGUAGUUGGUAUUCAACCAACAUUAAUUAAGGCCAAUACAACUGAGAAAAAUAUAUAUUUACCUCAAAAAUUAACACAAGAAACAGAAAAAUUUAAUGGUUACAACACAUUUUUUAACAACCAAAAAUACGCAUUAAAUCCAAACAGCCCAAUUAAUUCUCAAGUAUUAAAUAAUAAUAACCAAUCAUUAGAAACCACUGGUUCGCUUAAAGGCAAUUCAUUAGGCCUUAAUACCAAAGAUCCAAUUAACUGUGAUGAGGGGAUAACUAGUACUUCAAAAAUAAAUCAAGGUUAUAAACAACAAACUAACACAAAUCUUUCCUCAGUCAGUCAACGAGUACCAGUUAAUAUCAAUCGAUUUUCAACACAGACACAAGAGGAAGUCGGUCAACAAUCACUUGAUUUACACGGAUAUUCAAAACCAUCACAAUUGGGACAACAGUCUGUAGACAUCAGUAACCUCUAUGAACCAAAAAAGCCAAGUAGUCAAAAGUUUGAAAAAAUUGAGUCAUUUUCUACACAAACACAAGAGGAAGUCGGUCAACAAUCACUUGAUUUACACGGAUAUUCAAAACCAUCACAUUUGGGACAACAGUCUGUAGACAUCGGUAACAUUUAUGAACCAAAAAAGCCAAGUAGUAAAAAGUUUGAAAAAAUUGAGUCAUUUUCUACACAAACACAAGAGGAAGUCGGUCAACAAUCACUUGAUUUACACGGAUAUUCAAAACCACCACAAUUGGGACAACAGUCUGUAGACAUCAGUAACCUCUAUGAACCAAAAAAGCCAAGUAGUCAAAAGUUUGAAAAAAUUGAGUCAUUUUCCACACAAACACAAGAGGAAGUCGGUCAACAAUCACUUGAUUUACACGGAUAUUCAAAACCAUCUCAAAUAGGACAACAGUCUGUAGACAUCGGUAACAUUUAUGAACCAAAAAAGCCAAGCAGUCAAAAGUUUGAAAAAAUUGAGUCAUUUUCCACACAAACACAAGAGGAAGUCGGCCAACAAUCAGUAGAUUUAUAUGGGUAUUCAAAACCAUCUCAAAUAGGACAACAGUCUGUAGACUUGAGAAAUGUGAAUACUAAUUAUCAAAAAUAUCAUGAUCAAGCAAUGAAAAGUCCAGAAUCUCAAGCUCAACAAACUAUUGAAUUUACAAGUGAUUCUGAAGGACAGAAACCAAGAUAUCAAAAACAAUAUGGAAAUGUAAACUUUCAAUCAUCCAAAUUGUCGUCACAUUCUGGACAAUUAUCAACUGGUAAAGAUGAACCUAUUAACUCUAAAUAUAAUAGUGUCUUCGAUAAAUUAGGUCAAUUGGAACAUGAAAUUCUUGGUGCAAAAAGCACAGUAAAUAUAAACACAGGAAAUUUACAAACUACUUAUUCAACUAACCAUGAAGUAAAAAGCAUGCCUGUACAAAUGAGUCAACAAGAAUCCCAUUUUUCAAAAACCAUAAAUGAAAACACACAAUACAUAGAACCAGAAUCUGAAAUAGCUUUUUCUAAAUCAUUUAAAAAAGAUUCAAAAUUAGUAACACAAGAUGCAAUAGAAAAUCAUACAUCAAAUAAUGAACACUUUUCAGAAAAUCUAACUACGCCAUCUUCGGUUUGGAAAAAAAUUGGAGAUAAAUUCAAAGGUACCAUUGAAAAUGCAAAAAACAAAGCCCAACAGUUAGCAUCUAACAUUAAUGAUAAAGUAGGAUUUUCAAGUAUAACUGGAAACCCAUGUUAAACAUUGCUAUUGUUUAAAGUUUUUAUAAAGAUUAGCCUUAAAAUGUAUUUUAAGUUUUUUUUUUUUUUUUUGUUAUGAUUACUAA